CUGAGCGCAUCAUUCCUCUCCUCGAUUCAUCACUAUCAGCGUGCACUAAGCUGCAAACCAACACCUUCUCAUCUUUUUCAUUCCUUAUUUUGGUCUGAGAGAUGGCGCAAAAAAAACCUCAAAGCAUUUUGAAAGACUCCCUGGACGAUCUUUCUGAGGAGAAUUUCAAGCAGUUUUGCGCCUCGCUCGUGGACCCCAGGCAGAAGAUUCACAUCGCUCUCGUGAAGGUGGAGGGGAAAAGCCGCCUGGAGAUCAAGGAUGUGAUGAUAAGCACUUUUGGGGAGCAGAGAGCUCUGGAGGUGGCAGAGAAGAUCCUCAGAUACAUCAACUGCACCGAGGCUGCGAACAAACUCGCUUUUUCAGCUAAAGAGGCAGGUGUAACAAGACCAGGAUCAGCAAAUAUGGAGAAAAUAACCCCGAAAAAGAUUUUGAAUGACUUCCUGGACGAGCUUCCUGAGGAGAAAUUCAAGGAGUUUUGCGGCGCGCUCCUGGAACGCAAGAAGGAGCUGCGCGUCCUUCGCGUGGAUGUGGAGGGGAAAAGCCGCCGGGAGAUCGCAGAUGUGAUGAUACGCACUUUCAUGGAGCAGGGAGCUCUGGAGGUGGCAGAGGAAAUCCUCAGAGAAAUCAGAUGCACCGCGGCUGCGGAGAAACUCGCUUUAGACAAAGUUCGCUUAAUCCAGCAUGGAGGCGAAGCUGAUAUGGAUCAGCGCUAGAAACGUCAUCCAGUGUGAGAUGUAAAGCAGAAUAAGAGCUCUGCCAACCUCUCAUGAGAAGAAGGGAGCUCUACGAUCCUCUCAGAAGCUCAAACGCCUGCAAAAACAUCUUCCUCGAAAUCCUUCGGAAGCAGCAGCCAUAACUCAUAGCUGACCUCGAAAACAAAUAGUUUGUGGUGAAAUAAAAAAUACAAAAAAAACAAGAAAAUGUUUUCUCUGCAGGAGAAUGUAGCAAAGUGUUUUUCUAAUGUGUAAUAUUUUAUAGCUAUAUUUGCUGGAACUGGAAAGGUUUGAAAUCCCAGCCCUGAUCACUGAGCCUCAUAAAGAGCUCAUUUUAUCUAUAAAAAAGACAUGUAUUAGGUAGCUUUUAAAUUUGUUGAAAAUAGAGAUUUUCAUGAAUUACUUUUUAUAAAUUGGUUAUGUAAUUAAACAAACAAUUCCACAAAAAUGUCAUAUUUCAUACCUGUUGGAGAAUGUUAUUGAUUUUUUUAAUUGAACAUUUAUUAAAUUCAGAGCCCAGAUAUGGAUACAUGCAAGAAAAGAUUUUUACUGUCUACUAACAAUGUACUAUUGGUUCUUCACUGAAAAUAAUCUGUGAAUUGAACAUGGCAAUAAA